AUGUGGCUAAUACUCACUCUGUCCUCCCCCGCUUUCAGCUCCACUGCCAGCCCAUCAGAGGGCACCCCCGCCAUGGGUAACAUCGGCUGCACACCUCAGUCCCUCCCUAAAUUCCAGCACCCCUCACAUGAGCUGCUCAAGGAGAACGGCUUCACGCAACAUGUUUACCACAAGUACCGCCGGCGCUGCCUAAACGAGCGAAAGCGGCUGGGUAUCGGCCAAUCACAGGAGAUGAACACACUCUUCCGCUUCUGGUCAUUUUUCCUGCGGGAUCACUUUAACAGGAAGAUGUACGAAGAGUUCAGACAGCUGGUGGUUGAGGACGGGAAAGAAGGAUACAGGUACGGUUUGGAGUGCCUGUUCAGGUACUACAGCUACGGUCUAGAGAGGAAGUUCAGGCCAGACAUCUUCAAGGACUUCCAGGAAGAGACCAUGAAGGACUACGAAGCUGGCCAGCUUUAUGGACUAGAGAAGUUCUGGGCCUUCCUUAAAUACUCUAAAGCCAAGACCAUGGAGAUCGACCCCAAGCUGCAGGAGUACCUGCACAAGUUCAAACGUUUGGAAGAUUUCAGAAUUGACCCGCCUAUGGAGGAAGGGGGCCGCAGGAGACACUCUUCCAGCGGGGACAGUCGCCGCCGGCACCCCUCUCUGCCCUCCAGCCGGCCCCACAGCCAGAACAGCUCGGGCCCCAGCCCUGCCCCCUUCGCCCCGGGCCCCGCAGCCAAGGAUGAUGCCAAACCCAGCAGCCAGAAAGACCCCGCUGACCCCGCUGACCCCGCUCCAGAUGCCAUGACACUGAAGUAACUCCACCAACACGCCGGCCCACAUGAUGAACUCAACCACGUCUGCUAGUCGCUGGUUCUGUCUGCACCG